CUCCCAUACGGACCUGAGGGAUUCGGCUUCAUAGGAUCUUUACACUCUGCGGCGAAUAAGGGAUAGUCAUUUGUCAUUGAUAACUGUGAAAGCGGCGUUCACACUUAGAAUGUAGACGAAAUGUGAUAGGCAUUAUAGUGUUGGGAUUGGAUGGUUUAGCAAUGCUAUCCCAGACAUUUCUGCAACAAUGGUCGCCAGGUGAAUUGUCCGUAUGAUAUUUCGACGAUGGCGACACCUGCAGAGCACGACCUUACAUUAGCUGAAGCAGAGAGCAACAAAGAGAAGUCUCAAGUAUUCGGAAUCCUUAGGUUUCAGGAAGAAAAAUCGACCGGUGAAAAAGCUAGCACCACCACGUCCACGACCAUGAGAGCCGGGGACGGGAGAUGGCAGGCCCCCAUAUUUGCACUAGCCAGGAAAGCAUCAGAGACCUUUUCAGGAAGCAGCAGUCAUGUUUUGGCGAAGGUAGCGGAACCCACAUCUUUUGUAAACGAAUGGAGUGCCCAAGCUCUGCGGGACCCUAUGGCGAUGGAGAGAGCCAACCUGCUGAACAUGGCCAAGCUCAGCAUCAAAGGCCUGAUCGAGUCGGCCCUCAGUUUUGGACGCACCCUGGACUCCGACUACCCUCCACUCCAGCAGUUCUUCGUUGUCAUGGAGCACUGCCUCAAACAUGGUCUCAGAGUGAAGAAGUCAUUUCUUGGAUACAACAAGUCUCUGUGGGGUCCUCUGGAGAUGGUGGAGAAGUUGUGUCCCGAGGCAGGAGAGAUCGCAGCCAGCGUCAGGGACCUACCAGGACUAAAGACUCCGCUGGGCAGAGCUCGGGCCUGGCUGCGUCUAGCCCUGAUGCAGAAGAGGCUGGCUGAUUACCUCCGCCUUCUGAUCACCAGAAAGGACCUGCUAAGUGAUUUCUAUGAGAAUUCUGCUGUGAUGGUAGAGGAGGAGGGUGCUGUCAUCGUUGGCCUGCUGGUGGGACUCAAUGUGAUCGAUGCCAACCUUUGUGUCAAGGGAGAAGACUUGGAUACACAGGUUGGGGUCAUUGACUUCUCCAUGUACUUGAAAAAUGACAUUGAUGACUACAGAAGUGAAGAAAGAAAUGGUCAAAUAGCAGCCAUCCUGGACCAGAAGAACUACGUUGAAGAAUUAAACAGGCAGCUUAACUCUUCAGUACACGGCUUACAAGGGAGGGUCGAAAACUUGGAGAAAUCAAACUCUAAACUCAUUGAGGAGCUGGCGAUUGCAAAAAACAACAUAAUCAAACUACAAGAGGAGAAUCAUCAGCUUAGAAAUGAGAACACUAUUAUUCUCAUGAAAGCUCAGCAGCAACUUGAGGUGACCCAGGUGGACGUGGACGUGGAGCUGGACACCUACAAGAAGUCGAGGCAGGGCCUGGACGAGAUGUACAACGAGGCCAGGAAGCAGCUCAGGGAGGAGUGUCAACUACGCCAGGAUGUGGAGAAUGAGUUGGUGGUGCAGGUGAGCAUGAAGCAGGAAAUGGAUCUGGCCAUGAAACUGUUGGAGAAGGACAUCCACGAAAAGCAGGACACACUGAUCGGCCUCCGCCACCAGCUGGACGAAGUCAAGGCCAUCAACGUGGAAAUGUACUCAAAAAUGCAGACUUCCGAUGACGGCAUGAAACAGAAGAACGACAUGAUCACUCGUUUGGAGGAGAAGACCAAUCAAAUCACAGCAACCAUGAAACAGCUGGAACAAAGAUUACAGGAGGUUGAUCGGGACCGCUGGACCGCAGAAGAUGGAACGCGCAAAUUCAAGCAGGACUUUGUCAACAAAGCCGACAGCCUCCAAAUGCAGAUAGCCCAGAGAGAGAAGCAGAGGUUGCAGCUGGAGACAGACCUAAAGAUUGAGAAGGAGUGGCAGCAGACCUUACAAAACAACCUGGAGAGGGAACGAGACAUCGUCGCCCAGCUCAGUGCUGAAGCCCAGCAAAUAAAUGGACUUAAAAAGGAGUUCCACAGGCUGCAGGAUGAAAACAGCCAGCUGACUGGAAUAUGUGACGAACAGGAACAGGCCCUGGAGGAGCUGGGAUGCAAACUUAGCGAAUCAAAACUUAAAAUCGAGGACAUAAAAGAGGCCAAUAAAGCUCUUCAGGGGGGCCAGAUCUGGCUGAAGGACAAAGACGCCAACAUCUGUAAACUGUGUGAGAAGGAGUUCUCCAUCUCUCGGAGAAAGCACCACUGUAGAAACUGUGGGGAGAUCUUCUGCAAUGCCUGCUCUGACAACGAGCUGCCCCUCCCUGCCUCGCCAAAACCAGUGAGGGUCUGUGAUACGUGCCACGCCCUUCUUCUCCAACGCUGUUCCUCAAAUGCCACAUGAGAUGCCUCCUUUCAGCCCCAUCCACAGCUUUUACUUAGCCCCCCCUCUGAGUUUGUGUGACUGUUAUCAGGUAUCAAGCAUUCAUGUUCUCCUAGGUGUUGUCCUUUGUGUAACAUGAGAUUUGAGAUGUUAUAUCUGUGACACUUAUAUGACACUAAGGCUGCGUUUUAGAUAGACAGCACAAUUCUGAUGUUUUUUCUCUCACUUUUGACCAAUCAUAUCAGAUAUUUUGCCAAUAAUUGGGCAGAAGAUCAGAAUUGGGCUGCCUGUCUCCACAAUAGACUAAAACCAUGUGGGCAACUGAGCAUAUCGUUCUAAAUCUGCAGUAAGAAUAUCAAGAGACGAUGCAAAGUAUGUUUCUCUACGGACAGAGGAAUACAGUGGUUAAGCCUGUUGUCAUAAGCCGUGGAGUCAUUGGACAUAAUCAUAUUUUGGUUUUGUUGAGUCGUGUUAUUUCACUUGAAUGUGGAUGGUCUUACCUGUUGUAAUUCACACGUGCCUCUAAUAAGCCAAAAUACUGAAUGAGUACCUUUCACAGAUUUGUUUCUGCAUGAUAGAAUGCAGGCACAUUUCAGAAGUAUGUUUACCAAAAGCACUAAUGUUCCCAAUGCUGCCUUGGUUAUGAAGAAGAAGAAGAAACUACAUGAAACAGCACAGCAAAUGUAUAUGUUGUACUUUUGAUUACUGACUGAAAAACACAAUAUUAACUUAAGUAGGUCUAAUUAUUUAUUAACUUAACAAUAACUAUUAUUAUCAUAAAAAUAUACUAUAGCUACCUAAAGUAGCAAAUGAUUACGUUUGCAAACAUACCCAUCUUGUAUUUAUUUUUAUAAAGUGGAAAAAAUAUUUCAUUUCAGAGUAUUUGUUAUUUUUCUGCACAUUUUAUUUGAAUAUUUGUCAUACAAGUUUAAAAUCUUGUAUCAAAGUGACAAAUAAUUUCAGAUGUACUGUACAUUAAUUUGUGUUUACCAAAUUAUACACUUGCUGUAUAUUUUGUUUUGUAUUCAAUCAGCAAAACAGUGUGUUUCAAUGUAUAAUUUUCCAAAACUGGAAUGAAUACUUUUCAUUAAAAAUAAAUGGAUAUGGUACAUCUCACAUAAUCAAAAUAUAUCCUGUGUGCCUUAUCAGUUUUCAAUAUAUUCUCUUGUUCACUAGAUGCCAGUUACUUUGCAGUGCAUCAAAGUUGUCCAGGUCCUGAGGCAGCAAUGCAUCCCCAAACCAUCACACUACCACCACCAUGCUUGACCGUUGGUAUGAGGUUCUUACUGUGUUCGUUUUUCGCCAGACAUAAUGGGACCCAUUUCAUCCAAAAAGUUGACUUAAGUUUGCCAAGAAGCACCUGGAUGAUCAUCAUUUUGGAGCGGCAGCCUAGUUGUUAGAGCGUUGGACUAGUAACUGGAAGGUUGCAAGUUCAAACCCCUGAGCUGACAAGGUACAAAUCUGUCGUUCUGCCCCUGAACAGGCAGUUAACCCACUGUUCCUAGGCCGUUAUUUAAAAUAAGAAUUUGUUCUUAACUGACUUGCCUAGUUAAAUAAAGGUAAGAUUUUAAAAAAUCAAGACUCUUGGAAGAAUGUUCUAUGGACAGAUGAUUCAAAAGUUUAACUUUUGGGAUGACAUGGGGUCCCAUUAUGCAAGCAUGGUGGUGGUAGUGUGAUGGUUUGGGGAUGCUUUGCUGCCUCGGGGCCUGGAUGACUUGCCUUAAUAGAAGGAACCAUGAAUUAAGCUCCGUAUCAGAUAAUUCUACAGGAGAAUGUCAGGCCAUCUAUCUGUGAGCAGAAGCGCAGUUGGGUCAUGCAGCAAGACAAUGAUCCAAAACACAAGCAAGUUUACAUGAAAAUGUCUAAAAAGCCACACAUUUGAUGUUUUGGAAUGGCCUAGUCAAAGUCCAGACCUAAUCAGUUGAGAUAUGGCAGGACUUGAAACGAGCAGUUAAUGCUUGAAAACCCACAAAUGUCGCUGAGUUAAAGCAGUUCAAAUCAAAUUUGACUUGUCACAUGCGCCAAAUACAACCUUACAGUAAAGUGCUUACUAGCCCUUAACCAACAAUGCAGUUUAAGAAAAAUAAGUGUUAAAGUAUUUACUAAAAUACCAUUUUCGAAAAAGAAAAAUGCAUGCAAGAGUUGGCCAACAUUCCUCCACAACGAUGUGAAAGACUGAUCAAUAACUGCAGGAAGCGUUUGGUUGGAGUCAUUGCUGCUAAAGGUGGCACAACCAGUUAUUGAGUGUAAGGGGCCAUUCACACAGGGGCAUUGGGUGAUGCAUAACUUUGUUAUUUGUAAACUCGGGUUCCCUUUAUCUAAUAUUAGGUUUUGGUUGGAGAUCUGAUAACAUUCAAUAUAAAGAAAUAUGCAAAAAUAGAGAAUCUGAGAGGGGGAAAUGACUUUUUCACGGCACUGUAUGAUAUGGUCAUUAGAGUGGACUCUGCUUGUAAAUUCAAGGUAGAUUUUCCAUGAAAAUAUUACACAAUACCCACUGCACCAUUCUACGACAACGAUCACCUGAAUAGGGCCUGCCACACACGCAUCUUGUCUGAUUUGUGAAAACAGCUCUUGCAAAUGUGUGGGGAAUAUACUUUAAGGCAGGGAGAGGUGGGGAGGGCUACGUGAUCUCUAAACAUGUACAGUUUUACACUUUGGACUCUUCUCUGACACGACACCCCCCCUCACUCGAACAUUGACCCCCUGUGCUAGCAAUGACUCAAGUAUUUUCUUUUAAGCUUACUGUUUUCAUUAAGCCCCACUUUAAGCUGUUUGACCACAGUUGUGAAUUCUGUGAAUGUAAUGUUUUUAAAAUUGCAUAACUGCCUCCAUUUUGCCGGAGCCCAGGAAGAGUAGGGGAUCCAUAAUAAAUACAAAAGACCAGCAACA